GACACGGGCGUGCUGUCGACCUCCGUCGCUGAGGCGCCUGUGCUGUGGCGCGUUUCGCUGACGGAAGCAAAACCGCCGUCUCCACCUGCCGCCAAAAGUCUGGAUAGCGUCAUCCCGUGUGAGCCCGACGUCCGGGCAGCUUCAGCAUCGGUCGCCCCUGUCGUCGUCGCCGACCCCCAUCAUGGCUGCCGACGACCAGCAGUUCCUAGAUGUGCUCUCGGGCAUUCCCGUCCAUCUCCGCAAGUACACCAACGAUGUUGCCGACUUCAUCGAUCACAACGUCGACCGCGCCGCCGAUGUCGUCCGCGAGACGCUCGCCGCGACGAAAUGGAUUCCCGACUCGAUUCGCCCUAGCCCGCCGGCCCGACCGCCCGUCGCCGUCAUCUCCAUGACUCGCCUCGAAAAGGUCCAGGACUGGGUCGCUCGCCACAAGGUCCUGACGGGUGUCGUCAUCGUCGUCUGUGGCACCGUCGUAUUCAAGGGAUAUCAGAAGAGCCGCUGGUUGAGGAAAACGCGGAGGGCGAAGCGUGCCAGGAACGGCGGGCGGACCGAGGUCGUCGUCAUCGCCGGGUCGCCCACCCUGCCGUUGACCAAGUCGCUGUCGCUGGACAUGGAGAGGAGAGGCUUCAUCGUCUACGUUGUUUGCAACGCAUCGGAAGAUGAGGGCCUCGUCCACGCCUACUCUCGGCCAGAUGUGCGUCCGCUUGCCAUCGACACGACGGACCCACCAAGCGCCGGAGCCGCCAUGGAGCGCUUCGCCGGCUACCUGCAGUCGCCACAGGCUCCGGGCCCUCACAUGAAGCCGAAUCAGUUGACCCUCAAAUCGGUUAUCCUCAUACCCAGUCUACACUACCAAACCUCGCCCAUCGCCACUAUCCCGCCCUCGAGCUUCGCCGACCUCUUCAACACGCACCUCCUCCAGCCGAUCCUCACGAUCCAGGCCUUUCUCCCGCUGCUCACGUCACGCCUGUGUCCCAUCGGCGAGAAGUGGGUUCCGCCUAGGGUCCUCGUCUUCACACCGUCCAUCAUCUCCUCCAUCAACCCACCGUUUCACGCGCCCGAGGCAACCGUCUGCUCCGCGCUCUCCGCCUUCACCGAGGUGCUCACUGCCGAGCUCCGUCCCCUCGACAUACCCGUGACGCACAUGCAACUAGGCACAUUUGACUUUUCCGGAUUCGUGCCCACGCGGACUGCCAUCUCCGCGUCGGGCACCCCGCAAGAUACGCUCAUCUGGGCAGACGGGGCGCGCCACGUGUACGGGCGCAAUUUCGUUGCUCAAACCAGCUCCGCCAUCUCGGGCGGCCGCAUCCGUGGCCUCAAGGGUAGCUCUCUCCGGCGCCUGCACAAUACCGUCUUUGAUGUGAUUGACGGCUCCAUCACCGCCGACUCGGUCCGUGUGGGCCUUGGCGCCAGUGUCUACGGCUUCGUUGGGCGCUGGGUGCCCCGCGGGCUCGUGUCUUGGAUGAUGGGCAUCCGCCGGGUGGACGAGCUGUCGGCGUGGAAGUCGAGCUCCUAUGAGGGCUCGUCGCGCGAGGAAAGCGAAGACGGCGAAGCGGCGGCGGCUGCUGGCGCGGCUGCUUCGUCGCACGACUUUGUUGCCGUUCCGUCGGAGCGCAACGUGUGGAACUCGGACGUAUCGGGGAGCAGCCUGUGGGUUCCAUCUUCGGCCGAGUCCUCAUAGAUGCCCCCGCACGAUAUACUACAUGCCCAUUGCACUGGACAACCUUUCUCCACGAUUGAUUUAGCCCCCAUGGCUCUCAAAAUCAUCUGUCAGAUGUCGCUUCUGUGUGUCCAGAAUUGAGGGAGGCAUGGGCGCGCAUGCAACAGGUAGCGAAACACAGUCACCCCUCAUCGCGUUGAACGCCUCUCACACACACACACACUCUCUCUCCAAUUUUGGAUGCGAUAAUGACGCAAUGUUCGUGCUAAUACUUGUAUAAUAAAGGCGGCUUCAUGCCAAGGGACUCUAUUAUAGGGAUAGGGGGCCAUGUAGGCGCUGGCACAGCGGUGGCAUGCCGUCGACUUGAACGUGGACUAUAUAUAUAUAUUCAUUCCACACACUUACGUGCCUUGCAGUCACAGUGCCGUCGCGUGACGAUGG